AUCCUCAACAGUCACUCUAGCCGCCUACGCCCGACGACUGCGCUUUGCUCCCACUGUGGCUCCCAGCGCAAACUCGACUUUGUCUUCAUCUUCAAUUUCGUCUUUUUUUCUGCGUGUUGUGUAUGGCUUGCCGUUGAUAUGGAUGCAACUGAACUCGGUCGCUGGUCGCGAUUUGCUGCCAAGGGUGGCAUUGGCAAAUGCACUGCCCUCCAGGACUACGUUGCAGAGGAACCCGAAGACCUCAUGUUCAUGAAGGACGAUGAGAUCACCGUACUCUUGCAGCUGGCCGACGAGGAUGUCUUCCUGGGCUACUGUGAGGGUGUCAUAGGUCGCUUCCGCGGCUCCUUCGUCCGCUUCCACAGCCGUCUCAAGAAACCCGUCAUGACCAAGCGUUCAUCCUCGGGCCACUCCAUCUCACCCUCCCAUCGCCCUCGCUCACGCUCCCAGAGCCGCCCCUCAUCCUCCCAAAGCGCAGUCACUCUCGCCGCUCGCGACGUCGUGUCCCCGCCCGUUCCGUUCCAAGCGUCCCCGGCCGCCUCCCGCGCGAGCAGUCCCAGGAUGAGCCUCAGCGUGAGCGGCUCGAGUAGCAUCAUGACGGAGAUGGAUAGCAUGGGCUCGACGGGGAGCGUCGCCAAGUUCAGACCUUCGAGCUCGAUCAGUUCGGUGCGCGCGCUCGAGCCGCUGAGCAAGGUGCGUUCCAUGGAGGAAGGCCCACACCCGCCAGAGCGCUCUACGAGCUACUCGUCCUCGCGGUCGGCUACGCUCGAGACGGCUCCGCCCACCACCCCAGCCACGCUGUCCCCGGACGAGGAAGAGUACACCGUACGCAUAGCGGUCCACUCGCGUGACCACCCUGAGCAGCUCUCACCCGUCGUCCGUGAGUCCGUACUAUUUGGAGACGAGGAGGAGGGCAGUGGGCAGGCCCUUACGCCUGGCCCUAUGACGAGUCCGCUCAACAUCCGCAAGUCCCCGUCGGCGACCUCACCGCAGCCUCCGCCCUCCCCGAUCCGGUCAGACAUCAGCUCGGAUAUCAGUCCACGGUCGUUCUCGUUCGAUGUGGACGGUACAGAGGAUAGCAGCCGUCUCUCGCUGGACAUGUCCGCCGGCGUUGAAGGUAUCGGCUUGUCUUUGCUCCAGGGCUUCCUCAGCGGGGGUGCGAACGGCGACGACGACGCGUCGAUCCUGAGCAGCAGGAGCGGGGCGAAUACGCCCCAUCGCGACGAUGCAGCAGACGACCGCCAGUCUGUCGCUUCUACAGUCAACAUCGACGGUCGCCUCGCAGACAGCCCGCGCUCUGCCACGCAAUCCGUCUCGCACUACUCCCGCUCGCCAUCUCCCUCCGUCCCGGCUCCUGCAUCGCCCACCUCCCCGUUACCAUCACCGCAUGAGUUCGACCCGCCAAACCCGCCGUACGCGCGCCACUCGCAGCGCAGCUCUAUGCACUCCCUCAAGUCGAUGCGCUCCCUCCAGUCCCUCCGCCCGUCGCUUGCGGGCUCCGAGAACAGCGGUGGCUCCGGCUCCGGCUGGGAGGGCGACAUCUACGACGACUACCGCUACUCGCGCUUCUCGAUGGCGAGCAAGAUGUCGAGGCUCUCUCAGGGGUCGAUCAAGCCCACGGGCGACAUCCCGCCAGUGCCGAGUGACCACCUGGCGUCGAGAUUGAACAUGGAGAGCAGUGUGAGAGUGUCGGAGGAGUUGGAUAGGGGGGCGCAGCUGCCGGCCGCGGUAGUUGUGAGCUCGGAGAGUGGGACGAUCACGAGUGAGCUUCCGACGGCUGAGGAAGCGCAGACGUCCGAACGGGGCGCGACGCUGAAGGAUAAGGACCGGCCGUCGCCGCUGUCGCUUCAGGAUAGGGAUACAGGUCACAACAACUUGCGGUACAGCAGCACUAGCACGGGGGAGGGGCCCUCGCCCCUCCUCCAUGCAUCGUUUGGCUCACCGACGCAGAGCGCGACCCCGAGAACACCGGCCUCUCCGAAUACGCCGGCAUCCGUAGACUCGUUCGUCUCUCCUCCACCCGGAUCUCCGGGUCGUGAUGUGUUUAGUGGGCUGUCACCGCCGCGGGACGUCGACGUGCGAAGGGUAUCUGGACAAGCUAUCGUGGUCGAAGACGACGAGGAGCCGCCGUUCAUGAACGGCCCUGCGUCGCCCACGUCUCCGCGAGACCAGUCGGCGUUUGCGUCAACAAAAGCUAGGGAGGCAGCCGAGCGCGCCAUGUCGCCGUCCAACGAGCCCGCGCCUCCGCCGUAUGCUAUCUCCGGACCGUCACGGCCGAUGCAGUAUGCGCUGUCUCCGCCACCACAGCAGGGACCGCCACUGCUGCGCACCCGCUCGACGAACCAGCCGCCUGUGGACCCUGCCUCCCGUCAAUCGCUCUUCAUGCCUCACCCUCACGCACCAAAACCAGCGCAAGUGCCUGCGGGUCCGAUGUAUGGUCGUCAGCCUGCUCCCUUCCAGCCGCCCCAGCAGUACAACGGCCCACCACCUAACUCCGCCAUCCAGAUCAUACACACCUUGCUGAGCCAACAGCAGCAGGGAAGACGGCCCGGUGGCGCGUCGACGAUCUACGCACGGUUCGACAGGGAUCUCAUUACCUCCACUGGACCGGUGCCGAUUUCGUUCACGUUGGAGCCUCAGAUGAACAUCCCGGCGAACAGACCGGUUAUGUACAACCACGGUCCUGGUAGCCGGGCGGGAUCGCCUGCAGCAGGAAUUUCACGCGUCGGAACGCCGCUAGAUCCCUCUCCGUACGACGUAGCCGCAACUAUGGCUCAAGGUUCAAGUCUGGCGAGGUCAGCGACGGCCUCACCUGGAGUCGCUGGUUUGGUUCGCACGGCUUCUUCUGGUGUUGGCUCCAAUCUGGCACGGUCUGCGACGGCGUCACCGAAACCUGUCAAUUCCCCUCCCCAAGUACAGGGCGAGUUUGGGCGUCCAGACUCGGUCAGCAGUGGUAAGGCCAUACCAAGGCCCAACUUCUUCCCUAAAUCAGGCACGCCUCGGCCUCGCUCGCGCUCCUUCUCGGGGUUCGACUCACCGAUCGCAGAGGUAGUCAUGCCCGAAGGAAACAGGUGAGUGUCUUCGCCAUGCGUCUGUAUGAGGGGGGUUAACGUCCGUCAGUUCCAAGGACGGGCCGUCGGCUGCCCAGCUGUCAUCUGUUGCACUCGUCACCAAAAGGUCGAAAUCUGCUACUGCUACACCCGCAGCAGCGACUUCUCCAGUAUC